GCCGGCCUGAAGGCUCCGUGUCCCGGUAUGAAGCUCCGGAGGAGUCCGCGGUCUGUUCACCGGAGAAGAGGAGCCGCAGCCGGGUUCGUUUCUGCCGAGCGGCGCCGACAGGAGCUCCACAGAGAGGAGACUUUUAUUUUUUACGUCAGAGACAGGAAGUGUGCUUGCUGUGGACGUUGGGGUGAAAUGGAAAGAACUGAUGAUGGUUCCUUAGCAACCGUAAGAAACCCCGCCUUCUCUGCUGAUGUCAUCACUGGGGGUCAGCAGGUCACAUGUUCAGGAGAGGGAGAGGACAUUACCUGUGCACAUCACUGCGACCCAGAAGGACCAAUCAGAAGCUGCUCUGAUGUCACAGAGACAGAUGACCAUCAUGGGGCGGGGCUUAAUACAACUGAUGAUGUCACCAGUACGUUACAUACAGACAGGAAGAGUUCCUGCUCAGACAGUAAGGCGUCCCGCACCGAGGGGUCAAAGGUGAACCCUCGUCGCGAGCUGGAUGGUCUCUGCAGUGGUGGAGCUACGGCCUCAGACUCUGGUUCACAGGACACGGACGUGACUUUUGACCUCCCGGAGGUCGGCUCCGAUGACGAGGAGGCCUUCGUCACAGAGGAGCAGCCGGCAGGUCAGUCGACCCCGCCCACCGCCGCCGCUCCUCGCUCCAGGAACACAUUUGAGUGCGGCCGCCGGCAGAGCGCUCCGAGCGAGCUGGGUCAGGACGACGGAGGAGAAUCGGGGUCUGAGCUCCAGUCCAGGAGACCCGGGAUCGUCGAGUACUUCAGCAGCAGGAAGCAGCGAUCCGUCAGUCAUUGUGUUCCCGGGUGGAAGUUGUUUGGGAAAGUUCCUCCGAGACAGAGUCCAUCCAAACAGGCCCAGGUCAUCCAACAGGAGUUCGAGGCCCGCAGCUCUCCUACCCAUCAUGCCACGGGGCAGCAGAGCAGGAGGAAGGUGGAGUUUGAGCCGCUGUCGACCACAGCGCUGAUCCUGGAGGACCGCCCGCCGAAUCUUCCCGCCAAGUCGGCCGACGAGGCGCAGAGACACCGGCAGCAGUACGAACAGAUGGUGGCCAGAGCCAAGAGAAGAGAGCUGAAGGAGGCACAGAGGAGGCAGCAGCAGAGGGAGGACAGGUUCAGACAGGAGGAGGUGAUCGCCAACGCCACGCUGGUCUGGAACCAGAACAUCCUGCCGCACUGGGAUUCCAUGAAGUCGAGUCGUCGCGCUCAGGACCUGUGGUGGGGUGGUUUACCUCCGAGUGUCCGGGGACGAGUGUGGAGCCUCGCCAUCGGCAACGAGCUCAAUGUCACUGCAGAGCUGUAUGAGAUCUUCCUCUCCAGAGCGAGGGAGAAGAGGAGGGAGCUCAGUGAGACAGAGUCUGAUGACGCAGCGUCCCUGGUGGACAGAGAGUCCAGUCUGGAGCUGAUCACUCAGGACAUUUCCAGAACCUUCCGAUUGCUCUGCGUCUUCCAGAAGGGUGGUCCUUAUCAUGACCUGCUGCAAAGCAUCCUGGGAGCUUACGCCUGCUACAGACCUGAUGUGGGAUAUGUUCAGGGGAUGUCGUCCAUAGCAGCAGUGUUGAUCCUGAACAUGGACGAAAUUGAAGCCUUUGUCAGUUUCUCCAACCUGAUGAACCGACCCUGUCAGCUGGCAUUCUACAGAGUCGACCACCAGCUGAUGUUCAGGUAUUUCGGGGCCUUCCAGGUGUUUCUGGAGGAGACUCUUCCUCGUCUCUUUCUUUACUUCCAGUCUUUAGGUCUGACCCCUGACCUCUACCUCAUGGACUGGAUCCUGUCUCUCUACACGAAGCCCCUCCCUCUGGACGUGGCGUGCAGAGUUUGGGACGUUUUCUUUCGGGACGGGGAGGAGUUUCUGUUCAGGACGGCUCUGGGGAUCCUGAGGCUGUACCAGGACGUCCUGCUGCACAUGGACCUCAUCAGCAUCGCUCAGUUCCUGUCCCGCCUCCCUGAUGAGGAGCUGCUCUCUGAUAGGCUGUUCUCCUGCAUCUCGGCCACGCCCAUGCUGAGCGGGAACAGGAAGUGGAGUCAGGUUUUGACUUCCUGCAGAGACUCAGGAGCGGAGCGGCAGCUGAACGACUCGUUAGUUUCUGGACUCUGACUCUUGAGGUUUACAGGGUUAAUGUGAAAAACAUUCAAAUGAAACUGACAUUUCACUUUUUAUUUAUUUUGUUUUUUUCUGUUGAACUAGAUCAAAAACUAUAAAUUAAUAUUCAAAUAAUAUUUAAUCAAAAUCAAAAUGUUCUUUUUUAAAAUUAAAAUCCAAAACAGAGAAACGUGAAAGAGUUUGAUGAACAAACAUUCACGUUUUUAUUUAUUGACUCGUCUCAGGUGACUUGAGGACUCGACUCAAACUUGUUUCAGGUGACUUUGCGUCUUGAAUCAGACUUGUUUCCUGUGACUCUGAGACUUGACUCGGACUCGUCUCAACUGGUGUAAGAUAAUGCCACGUACUUGUCCUGAGUAACUUGAGACUCAGCUUGGACUUGCUUCAGGUGACUUGAGACUUGACUUGAAGUAGUCUCAGGUGACUUAAAGACUAGAGUCUGACUUGUUUUAGGUAAUUUUAAGACUUGUCAGUGAACAAACAUUCAGAUGUUUUUAUUCACUGACUUGUUUCCUGUGACUUGGGACUCAUCUCAGACUGUUUGUUUACCUAGUUUGUUUCGUAUGUUUCAUAGAAAAGUUCUGAUGAGUUAAAUUUUAAUCUUUAUUAUUAAUUAUAUUCAGUAAAUUCAGAAUCCACAGUUAAACCUGUAGAAACAGAUAUUUACAGUAAAACAUGAGGUGAUGUAAAAUAAACUGGUUUCUGUUUUUAUUUGUUUUUCUUCUUCGUUUUAAUAAAGAUUCAUGUUUUCAUGUA